AUGGCGAGUAAGUUUGAGAUGACAGACCUAGGUAAACUAACAUACUAUCUUGGGAUAGAGGUGUUGCAGCUUGACGGUGGAAUCAUACUAAAGCAGGAGCGGUACGCAGCUAAGAUUCUUGAGGAAGCAGGGAUGAUUGAUUGUAAUGCAGCUCAAGUUCUGUUGGAUCCUGGUCUGAAAUUGUCUAAGGCAGAGAAGGAAGAAGGGAUAAACAACAAUGAGUUCAGGCGUAACAUUGGAUGUCUGAGAUACUUGAUACACACACGUCCUGACUUAGCGCAGUGUGUAGGAGUCGUGUCUCGCUAUAUGCAUGACCCGAAGGUAUCACACGGUGCUGCAUUAAAGUAG